AUGACCGACGGGGCUGGGAUAGAGACGGCACUUUCGACGACUGCAACAGAGGAAACGCAAUUUGACAAUAAGACGAUAUACAAAUCUCAGGACGCCAAGUAUGCAGUGGUCUAUCAGGUCGCUACACCUGGUCAGAACCGCAGUGUCACAUUGGUCGAAUCGAGUCCGACAGAUCAAAUUCAGCCUAGGCUGAUCGAAUUUGAAUACGAAAAGCCAGGUGACAACAUCACUAUCAAACAACCUCGACUUUAUGACCUUGUCGCGAAGAAACAGAUCGACAUCGGGAAUGACUACAUCUUGGAUACUAACGCAAUGAUAGAGGACGCACAAUGGGGGUUUCGAAAUCAGACAUACCGUUACAUGAUCGCCGAGAGGGGCUACAAAUCCUUAAGGAUGGUGGAACUCGACACAAAUGGCAAUACCCGAAUAUUGAUAGAAGAGCACAUCGAGAAGGGCAUCGAUUUCUUGCACAAGAUUCGAUGGGACUAUAUGAACGAGACCGAUCAGAUGUGGUGGCUCAGUGAAAGGAAUGGCUGGAACUCAAUAUACUUGGUCAACACUACUCGCAACGAAGGACGGAUUUCUCCCCGCCAAGACUCGAUCAGACAAGUGACCCAAGACGGCUUCGAUGUAGCCGAUGUCAUCUAUGUCGAUGAGAAGGCGCAGGUCUUGUACUUCCAAGCGUACGGCAUGGUGGAAGAGCAAAGUCCAUAUCAUGUGCAUCUGGCCCGCAUCAACUACGAUGGUACUGGUUUCAAGAUAUUGACAGCUGAUGGUGACGGUGUUCAUCACAAUGUCGUCCACGACAACGGUACGAUUGAGGACAUGUGGUCCCGUGUCGACCAGCCUAUGCAAGGCGUGCUUCGAGAUUUCCAAGGCAACCGCAUUGGACCAUUGGCCGUGAACAUCCAACUCUGGGAUAACGUCACACUGGCAGAGAGAUUCUCCGCUCCAGGUCGUGAUGGUAAAACUGAGAUUUAUGGAAUUAUAGUCCGCCCCAAGACCUUCGACCCGAGCAAACGCUACCGUGUGCUCGAACAUGUUUACGCCUCACCACAAUAUGCCGAUACGCCGAAAGAACUAGACAAUGAGACGCAAAAAUAUCUGGCGUCACGCUUCCAAAAAGUUGCCGAUGAGAAUGAUGUCAUUGUCGUGCAAUCUGAUGGCAUGGGAUCCGCCUGGCGAGGCAGAGCCUUCCGAGACGUCGCCUGGAAAAAUCUCCAAGACGCCGGCUUCCCAGACCGCAUCACCUGGAUCAAAGCCGCUGCCAGAGACCGACCAUGGAUGGACCUCACCGGCGGCGUCGGAAUCUUCGGCGCCUCAGCCGGAGGCCAAAACGCCAUGAGUGCUCUCAUCUGGCACAGCGAUUUCUACACCGCCGCCAUAGCCGACGCCGGCUGUCACGACAACCGAAUCGACAAAUUGUGGUGGAAUGAAUUGAAUAUGGGAUGGCCUGUGCAUGAUGCUUUGUAUGAUACUGCAUCGAAUGUGGUGCAUGCGGAUAAGUUGAAUGGGACUUUGUUGUUGCUUGUGGGGGAGUUGGAUCGGAAUGUUGAUCCUUCGAGUACGUUGCAGGUUGUGAAUGCUUUGAAUAAGGCGGGAAAGGAUUUUGAUUUUAUGAUUGUGCCGGGAGCGGGGCAUGGGGUUGCAUUCAAGGAGGAAUAUCACCAGGUGCAGAAUAAGAUUAGGAGGUUUUGGAAGAAUUGGAAGAAUGGGAAGGGGUUGGGAUAG